AUGACCGCUGGUCCUAAGACUCUCUAUGAUAAGGUUUUUGAAAAUCACGUUGUCCAUAAGGAUGAGAGUGGUUCAUAUUUGUUAUAUAUAGAUAGACAUUUGUUACAUGAAGUCACUUCUCCGCAAGCAUUCGAAGGCCUAGAAAAUGCUAACAGACAAGUAAGGAGACCAGAAUGUACACUGGCCACCGUGGAUCACAAUAUCCCAACAGAAUCUAGGGCUAAUUUCAACUCCCUGGACACAUUUAUCAAACAAGCCGAUUCUCGUCUGCAAGUCAAAACUUUAGAAGAAAAUGUUAAGAAAUUUGGUAUACCCUAUUUUGGUAUGACUUCUGCCAGACAAGGUAUUGUCCACACUAUUGGUCCUGAACAAGGUUUCACUUUACCAGGUACCACAGUGGUUUGUGGGGACUCCCAUACAUCUACUCACGGUGCAUUCGGUUCUCUUGCCUUUGGUAUCGGUACCUCUGAAGUCGAGCAUGUCUUGGCUACCCAAACUAUCAUUCAAACCAAAUCUAAAAACCUUUUAAUCAAAGUUAAUGGAACUUUAUCCAAAGGUGUCACUUCCAAAGAUUUAAUCCUUCAUAUUAUUGGUAAAAUUGGUACUGCUGGUGGUACCGGUUGCGUUAUUGAAUUUGCUGGUGAAGCUAUCGAAAAUCUUUCAAUGGAAGCUAGAAUGUCUAUGUGUAAUAUGUCUAUUGAAGCUGGUGCUAGAGCGGGUAUGAUCAAACCAGACCAGACUACUUUCGACUAUAUUAAAGGCAGACCAUUAGCUCCAACUGGGGAGGAGUGGGAAAAGGCUGUUAAGUAUUGGAAAACUUUACACAGUGACGAAGGCGCUAAGUUUGAUAAGGAAGUUAUUAUAGAUGCAAAAGAUGUGGUUCCAACUAUCACUUGGGGAACUUCUCCACAAGAUGCUUUGCCUGUUACCUCUGUUGUUCCUAAUCCAGAAGAUGCUCAAAAUCCAAUUAGAAAAUCUGGUAUGGAAAGGGCAUUGAAAUAUAUGGGUCUUGAACCAGGCACUCCAUUAGAAAGUGUUAAAAUUGAUAAAGUUUUCAUUGGUUCCUGUACUAAUGGUCGUAUAGAAGAUUUAAGAGCCGCUGCUGCUGUCUGUAAAGGUUAUAAAUUAGCUCCAAAUGUCAAAUUGGCUCUUGUGGUUCCGGGUUCUGGUCUUGUUAAGAGACAGGCUGAAAAGGAAGGUUUAGAUAAAAUUUUUAAAGAUGCUGGUUUCUCUUGGAGAGAGGCUGGUUGUUCAAUGUGUCUAGGUAUGAAUCCAGAUAUCUUACAACCGUAUGAAAGAUGUGCUUCUACCUCCAAUAGAAACUUUGAAGGUCGUCAAGGUGCUUUGUCUCGUACUCACUUAAUGUCUCCAGCUAUGGCUGCUGCUGCAGGUGUCCACGGUCAUUUCAUUGAUAUCAGAAACCAUGUUUAUAAAGAUGGGGAUUGUGCUAAGAUUGAUAUUGUUUCUGAAGAUGCUCCUUUAGAAGAGGUUGAAGGCUCUGUUCAAAACAACCCUAUUAUCAAACAUAGGGAAUUGAAUAAUACACACACAAAUGUUAAAGUUUUUUCUAAUAAUAAGGCCACUGGUGGUGCUGGUAUGGAACCAUUCGUCACCUUGGAAGGUAUUGCUGCUCCAUUAGAUAAGGCGAAUGUUGACACAGAUGCUAUUAUUCCAAAGCAAUUCUUGAAGACUAUCAAAAGAACAGGGUUGAAAUCUGGUCUUUUCUAUGAAUGGAGAUUCACUCAGGACGCUGAUGGUAAGGACGUUCCAACUGACUUCGUCUUGAAUGUGAAACCAUGGGAUAAAGCAGAGAUUCUUGUGGUCACUGGUGAUAAUUUUGGUUGUGGUUCUUCUAGGGAACAUGCACCAUGGGCUUUGAAAGAUUUUGGUAUUAAAUCUAUUAUCGCACCAUCUUUUGGUGAUAUUUUCUAUAACAAUUCUUUCAAGAACGGUAUACUACCAAUUAGACUGGAUCAAGAAACAAUCAUUGCUAAAUUGAUUCCAGUUGCUAAAGCUGGUGGUAAACUGGUUGUCGACUUACCAACUCAAAGAAUUUUAGACAGUGAAGGUAAUAUUCUUGUUGAACGCUUUGAUGUUGAACCAUUUAGAAAACACUGUUUAAUUAACGGUUUAGAUGAUAUUGGUAUCACUUUACAAAAAGAAGAGUUUAUUGCUAGAUAUGAAGCACUUAGAAGGGAUAUUUAUUCAUUUUAUGAGCCUGGUUCAUCUUUAUUGAAGUUUCAGGAUGUCAAGCCUGUUGAAAAACCUGUCACAACUGCGAAUACUAUCCACCAAGAAUGGUGA